UAAGAUAAAAGAAAAACAUUGAAAAUUUAAGAAUUAACAAAACAGCAAAAACACCUCGAAGAAAUUGGCACAUGUUAAACAUAGUUUAUCACUCAUUCCAACUGCAUGGCAUCUUCUUCCCAUUGAUUGAGUAUUUCAUAUAGACAUCAGAAUGGCUGACUUGUUUGGGUUUGAGGAACUUACAGAUGAAACAACAAAACCAGCCCCAGAGACAUGCCCCCUGAACAGGCCAGAACGAGUUUGGAUUGGGCCAGAAUUUCAGACAGGGCCGAAUAACCUGCUGACCUCACAGACAACAAGCAGGGAUAGUAAUGAAGUUGUUGUACCCAUAGUGUUUGAGAGUUUGGGUGUAAGAAAAUACAAAGUGCUUGCUCGACAGAAAGUUGAAGAUGAAGUGGAAGUGAAAGUUCAGAGUUCUGUAAGAGAUCCCAGUUCGUCAGAGAGGGAUUCACCAAGCAGUACAGAACAAAGGAAAGAAAAUAUAAAUGUGAAAGCUAAAUCAGCUGAUAAACUUGUGGCUAGAAGCAAGGGCAAUACAGUGAAAACAAAUAAAACCAUGUUUUUAAAACAAUCAAAACCAGACAAGAUGUUUAAAAGAGAUAGUCAAAUGUUAAAGAAAUCAGACAAGAUGUGUAAUAGAGAUAGUCAUGUGCUAAAGAAAAGAACAUUAUUUCAGCAGAAGAAACUAGGGACAAAGGGUAAUUCAAAAUCUGUUCGAAAAGCACAUGACAAACUGGUUCAGGAAAAAGCGCUUGAAUAUGAGUUUAGAACUGAUUCUGAAACAGAGAGUGAACUUGGAACAAUUAAAAGUUUUAGGAGAUCAGAAAGCUGUGAAAAGAAAGUGACAGGUACUUGCACAACUGUUGUUAAGAAUGAACCUGAUAUGACUGAGAAAGAUUUAUCUAGUGAUGAAAAAGAAAUUUCUCCGAAAAAGUGUUGUGUGAAGUUAAACAGAGAUCCUUCUAUUGAGAUAUGGUCAAGAAAAAACUCUGUGGAAUCAUUGACCGACGCUCAAAGAAUAUCUGUUGAAAAAGACGCUGAAAGUAUAAGCAGUGACACUCAAUGUGAAGAAGUGAAGGACCUUUAUACAAACAGAAGUGAAAGUGUAGAAGAACUGAAGCCCACAUCCAUGGUGUUUAAUGCUAAUAUUGAAGUAAGGAAAUCUGGUAGACUGAAAUCAGCUAAAUGUGCUUCAAGGUAUAGAGGUGAUUACGGAAUCAGAGUGGAUACAUACACCAAAAUUGUCAGUCAGAAAAUGAAAGGUAAUGCAGACAGUGAAUCAGACUGUUCAUUUGCAAUGUCAGAACCAACUAGCUCAGGAGGUAUGAUAGAAGACUAUUCAAAAAAAUGUGAGGGAGAAAGUGUUGUUGAACAGGACAAUGACAUGCACAGUUUUGCUAGUGGUACAUGUGAAACAGUUAAAGACAAUGCAAAUGAAUUGAGUAUUAGAGCUGACAAUGAAAUUCAGGAUGUUGAGGCAUUGAUAAAGACAAUAGGUGAUCAAUGCAAAAAAUGUGCAAAUGCUAAUGUUUCUGUUGAAGUGCCUUCAAAUAUUGAAAGUGUAUGUGAUAAAUGUAAGUCUAGAAAUAUAGUUUCAAAGCAAGAUAAGAAAUCAGCUGAUAAUAAACAAUUUGAUGGAGGAACACUCCCAGAUGAAUGUACACACACGCAUGAUAAGGACCCAGCCAAAGAAUCUGAUAUAUUGAAUUCAGGAAGCUGUAUAUAUAAUCCACCAUCACAUGAUAAAAAAAACACUGGGUACAUACAUUCCAUUGGCAAGUCAGUUAAUAAAAAGCUAGUAGUAAGUAAGAAAGAAGCUGUCAAACAUCAAGAUAUUAGAAAAGACUCUUCUAUUGAAAAUUCGCCAGUUAAGGGUGUGCUAGAUCCUGUCGAGGUGUUAGAAAACUUGAGACAGAAACUAUUUGAGAAAGCUGGAGCAGAUGUUGAGGAAGCUAAUAAAGCUCCAAAAACAUUUGAAAGUACACUUAUAUCCUCUAAAAGAAGGGAAAAGGACAUUUCAGAGUGUAAGCCGUCAGCAAUGAGUAAUAAACUUCGCAGGCGCUUCAGUGAUGACAAUGAUAGUUGUUCUGUGAAAUCUUCCAAGUCUGUAUCAAGUGUAAUUUCAUCAGUGUCAGAAAAUGGCAGCGAAAUUUUACAAGAGAUUUCCAAAUCAUUGGAGUAUUUGCAAAAGGGCAAGAAAUUUAAUGAGAUAGGCAAAGCAAGUGCUAAAGCUAAGAUAAAAGAUGCAAGUCAAACUGAUCUCUGUGAUGAAAUUGAACCAUAUUUGAAUGACUCAGAUGCAAGUGUUGCUAGAGCUAAAGAUGCUAAACUCAAAAACCAAAGUCAGCAAGAUAAAAAGCAAUCACAGCAGAAACAAAAGCCUGUGAAAUGUCAAGCUUGCAGUCACAGUUUUAAGAAUAGGGACUUGUUGCGGAAGCAUUAUCCAUGCCGAGUACGGCAAACAAGAACAUGGUCACAGAACAAACUUCGGCCUAACCGAGCAGUAAGAAGAGUUGAACCAAAUUCAAAGAAAUUUGUUUGCCAACUACCAAAGUCUAGUAAAAAUGAUAAGCCAAGGCCAAUGUUGCUAACUUACAGAAAAACUAAGUUUCGAAAAGUGAAAGGGAAGAGAAGAAGAAAACUGUAUCAUGCAAUACAAGAACUGAUGCAAAAAAGGAAACCAAUGAAAUGGGCUCAUUUAUCAGUGUUAUAUGACGACUUAUCAUUUAAAGAACAAAGCCUGCACAAACUUGGUUUAAUGUGUGUUGGGCAGGCUUCUGUAGGACUAGAACAGUACAAUGAUAAAGAAAUCAGCUUGUUUGAACACCAUAGAUCACGAGAAAAAGCUAUAAGAGAAUUGGAUAGAGUAUUUCUGCCUCUCCCUACAGAUUUGGACAGUAGUAGCAUAAGUUUGAGUACUCAGGAAUCAGACAAUGUGUCAUUGCAGGUUGAAUUGGAUUCUACAAUUGAAAUACCACGAUCUCCAAUUCAUUCAUCAGUCACCAAAGUGCUUGAAGAACUUGUUGAAAAUGUUGUUGGCAAAAGUUGUGAACAGGAUGCAUUAGAAAAUACAUCUGAUCAUGAACAUACAUAUAAAACUAGUAAACAAGGAAAUGAUCUCAGUAAUACUGUUGGUAGAGGAGCUGAACUAAUUGAAAUCAGUGAACAGUCAGAAAAAGAAGACAGUAAUGUUUCAGAACAAACAAUUGUAUCAAACAUUAUAGCACCAAAGGAUUCAGAUACAUGCAAUACUUUGAAGAUGGGAGGAGAAAUUGAAACGAUUUCAGCGGACAUUGUAAGUGAUUCAGAGGGAAUUAAAGUCUCUUUGGACAAGAUUGCGAGUUCGGAUUCUGAAAAAUCACAUAAAGCAUUCAGUGAUAUUAUUAAUACGGGUUCUGAUAAGGAAUAUAAAAUGAUAAGUUCAGUGACACAAGACAUUGAAUGUAAUACUGGUGAAAGCUUAAUGGAAUUUGAAAUUAGUCCAUUGAGUGUGAUGGGUUUACCUGAACAUGUGGCCAUCAUAUCACCAGAAAAAGCAAACAGUGUUGAUGAUCUUACAGAAGAAGAUUCUGAACAGAGGUCCAAAGCCAUGAAAGGAAACAGUUAUAUUCUAGCAGAUGACCUCUCACAUGAACAGGAAACAAUAUGCAUUGCAGAAGAAGAUCAACAAAUAACCAAGAAUAAAUCUGAAAUUAGUGCUGAUGAAGCACAUGAUGCAGUAAAUGGUACUGCUGAAGUUCAUUCAGAAUGUACUACAGUUGAUCAAGUAGAACAUGAUCAUGAAAGUCCAGAACUAGAUGCUCAAGAAGAUGUUAAAUUUGUAGACAUUGAAAUAAAAAGUUCAGGAGAUGAUUCCAAUGUAACUAAUACUGAACAUUCAAAUCACCAAAACAUUGAUAAAGUUGAUGUCACACCAAUUAUGUCAAUUGUGUCAACAGAAAAAUCUGUAGAAAGUCAAAAUGAUGAUACCCCAAAACAGCAAUCAGAAAGAAUAACAGACUGGAUUCCCCUUGCCCCAGAAGAAGUUAUCAAACAGAUGCUUUUUAGAAAUGCUGCUUUGCCACCAGAAAUUAUAAACAAUGCAAUGGAACCUGAACAUAUUCAUAAUUUAGAAGAGUGUGGCAGUGAUCGUGCAUCGAUGGAAAUUGAGUACAACAAAGAACGUGUUAUUCCAAAUAGGUUACCACUGAAAGAAAGUAAGGAGGCUCAUGAAAUUGAACAACUUGACAAAGGAUGUUGUAAGAAGUCUAAGGAUAAAAAUGCACCUAUAAAAAGGCAAUCUUCUGAACUAUCUAAGAACCCAAAACAGGAAUUCAUCCCCAAAACCGUGGAAUUACCACCAUUGAAAAUUCCCAAAAAGAAGAGAAAUGACUCCAAAUCUCAAAUGUCUCCUGGUGCAACAACUAAAAGUAUCGUAGAAAAGCCUUUGAAAAAAGCUACUACCAGUUUGAUUUUUCCGCCUGCUAAAAGUAUUACUGUGAAGCCACUAUCUCCAGUUAAAAGUUAUACUGACAAACCACUUAAGACAGACAUCUGUAGAAGUCCAAGGCGAAAUAUGGAUGAGAUUGGAAUGCCAAAAUGGAAGAGCAUGCAUGAAAAAGACAGUUAUAUCAAAUAUACUGUGAAUAAUAAAAAGAUGGAAGUGAACAACUUAGAUAAGCAGACUAAUCAGCCUAGAGCUAUUUUGAAGAAUUUUGAACAGGAUCUUCAUGAAUUAAUUUCAACCAAUUUUGAUAAAGCUACACCAAGAGACAUUGUAGUUGAUGACAAUUCAAACCAUCACAUUAAAAAACAAACAACUGCAGUAUCAAGAACAGAAGUCAUUGACGGCAAUUUUGCAAGUGUCAAACACCAAAGGGAUGAACCUGAAAAAGGCAAAAAGAAAUCCAAACAUAUUACUUUGGAUGAAUAUUUAAAGAAAAAGGGAAUUCCAUCAAAACUGAAAGCUUGUGACAAUACUUCUGAGAAUUUUGUCACUAAGCAAUAUGAAAAAGUUGACUCAGUGAAUGUGAAAACAUCAAAAGAAAGUAAAACACCUGAUAGCCUAAAUACAAAUCUAGUGGAGACAGCCAAUGAUCUUCUUAAGGAUAUUUUAGGAGAUCUGAGUUCCAGUGAAACUAAAAUAAGUUGCGAGUUUGAAUAUUCAAACAAAUUCACAAAGCAUGCUGAUAUUACCAGUGAUCCAGAUGAAUAUGAUCCAGAAUGUAAUUACCUUCUGGAUGAGACAAAUGAACAGGAUGUUGAGAAUGGAGAGAUUAAGGGGUCAUUCUUAGAAAGUAUUCUAAAAGCAGUAACUGUUAUAAAUGAUAUUGCUGAUGAACAGAGAGAAGUUCUUGGUCUCAAAAAAACAACAGUGUCCGACACUUACACCACAGCGACGAAAGAUAGCAAUUUUGCUUUGAAAAAUAUAAAUGACCAGUCCGACAAAGUUGUCGAAAACUGCCCUACACAUACUUUAAGCAAGUCAUUUAGUAUUGCCUUAGACGAAAGUUCUGAUAAAGGUAAACAGAAUGAAUCGCAUAAGCAUAUGCAAGACAAUAGUGAAGUCAAAAAUUCAAAUGAUACCAACGUUGAUCGAGUAUUACCAGAACACUCUCAAUCAAUUGUUGAUCAUGGUGUGCUACAUAUUAGUACUCAAGCUGUUAGCACUAAAGAAAGUAAUCAGGGAGAAUAUUCUUAUACUGAUGUAUAUAUCAAUGAUGAUUUAAACAAUGACUGUAACAUGGAAAGUUCUGGUGGUGAUGCUUUAGAGGGCAGUAUUGAAAAGAAAUAUGUAAAUGAAAUUGGACAUAAAACAGCAUCUCUCCAAAUGAAAUCACACAGUCAUGUUUAUGAAACUUCAAGUGCAAAUGCACGUAAGUGUCCACAAGAUCUAAACCUUAUGGUAAGCAGUGAAGAAAAUAUGGAAACAGAAACUAAUGAUAAAAGAAAAGACUAUUUAAUGAAAGAUGAGAAAACAUGUCCACCCUCUGAACCAAGUUUUGAGCCAGUAUCAUCAAGAUUUGUUGAAAGUUGUUCUGUAAGAGAUGAAGAAAAUAAAAGCAGAACAAGUGAGAGUACUCCCAACAUAACAAUAAGGUAUGAAAUGAACGGGUUGAUAAUAAAAGAGAAUUUAUUGACAGGAGACAAGAACCUUGUUGAAAAUAAUUGCAAAAGUUCUUUAGCAUCUCAGUCCCCAACACGUGAUAUCCUAUCCGAACAUGAAGCUAGUCAGGACUGUGUUAAUAACGAAGAACACAACUCUGUUGCUAAAAAGGAAUGUUUUCAGACUUCAAGUUACAGUGACAUUCAUGAACGUGAUGAUAGUAAAUUGUCUGAGGAUGUUUCAGAAGAGUUCUUUGAACUAAGUAGCCCAGAAAUAAUGAGAUCUGAAAGUGUUUUUUCAAAUGCAAAGUGUUCAGUGCAAAGUUUUGAGAAAGUUCCAGGUUUAAACCUUUCAUCAGAGAAAAAAUGUGAAAAAGAUAUAUAUAAAUAUGACUCUAGUAUGCCACCCAGUCCAAUUGAAAUAUCAUUAGUUAACCAAAGAAUAUAUGUAGAAGAUGAACCACAUGAAUCAGUUGAUGUCACUAUGGAAGUAUGUAUGGAGAAUGAAGAUGUCUCAGAAACCAAAAUAACUUCCCCACCCCCACUUCUGGAAAAAGUGGAAGGCUUUGCACACAAUAUUGAAAUAUUUGAAGAUGCAUCAAGUAGAGGCUCAUCUUUGUCCUCAGGAAGUGGACCUCCGUGUCUGGAACCAGAAGAUCUUGAUAAAAAGGUUGAACAAGAACAUUACUUGGAACUUCAGGAUGUGCAAGAAACAUUUGACAGUGAAUCAAAGAAACAAAAGGCUGAAAGACAUUUUCUUGAUGUUCUUGGAUCAGUUAGUGAUGUGCAUGAAAAAGAACCAUUAGCACUAAAAGCUGGUCAUCGAAGUGAAGAACCUGAAAAGCCAACAGAUGAAAACAUUCUUAAAGUAAAAGAUACAGAUGUAAAUGAAAACAUAGGAAGGCAUUUUUCUGAUUUCAUUAGUGAGGUAGAAGAGCAGAAAUCUGAUCUACAAGUUCUAUUUGACAGAAGUGAGGAGGGAGAGAUGACAUUAGCAGAAAUCAAGAGAAUACUUAAACCAAUAUCUGAAAACAAAAAUACUAUUUCAGUAGAAUCACUGAGGAAAGUGAGAACAGUAAUAUCUGACUUGAUCACUCGAAUAGAUAAGCCAGUGAAGAAAGAUCCUGCUUGGUUGAAACGAGAUGCAUUAUCGAAGUAUUCUAAACAUAAUGACCAAAGGAGUCAGGGUGAUUCUUAUACAAGUUUUGAGGACUCUGACAAUUCUGAUGAAGAAGGAAAUACAGAACAAAAUGAAAGUGAGGACAAUAGAAAGAUGAUUACAGAAAAUAUUUUGCAGAUGUUGAAAUCAUUUGAAGACAAGGGAAGUAUUGCAGACAACAUGUCAACCUUGCUUGGUAUUCUGGCUGAAAAUCUUGGCUUUAUUGGAUCAUCAAGAAAGGUCAAUGAAAAUGUAUCUGAAUCCGAUGAAAGUGACCAUGAUUACUCUUAUGAUGAAUGCAUUCCAAAUGUUAUUUCAAUGAAGUGUGUGGAUGAUAGUUCAAAGACAGAAUUACAAGAUUUUCUUCAUCAUGGUGAUGAGCCGCCCUCAUUGGAUGAUAUUCCAACUGCAGGAGAUUCUGACUUCAGCAAUGCCAAAGAAAAUCUCAACAGUUUGCAGACUGAAUCUAGCAAUACAGACAUUUUAAAUGACACUUUGCCAUAUAUUAACACAGAAUGCGAAGACAAUACAGAAACAGUAAAUCUGGAUGAUAAUGAUACAAGUCUUUAUUGUACCCCAUUUGAAACCACUGAACAUGAGGACAAUAAUGAAACAAAAAAUACUGAUGAAAAUGAAUUUAAUGAUAGAAAUGUUUAUUGUAGUUCAAAGCAUGUGUCUUCAGGGUGCCAGAAAAUUUCCGAAACAGAAAAUAAGAUCAAUGUUGUAGACACAAAUCAAGCAGAUUGCCGAGCUGCCCUUGAAAAGGUAGUAGAAAAAGGUGCUAUUGUUUCUGAAGACUUAGGUGUUGAUGGGAAGACGGAAUCCAAAGUAAACACCAUUUUUAAAAGCAUCACAGAACUUAAUUCGAUUGAAAACUCAGAUGAUGAAUUUGAUGUAUACUCAGUGUCAUUUCCCUUGUCAGAUCUUAAGGUUAGUGGUCAGGACAAUGUCUGGGAAAUUAAUUCUGAUUAUAACUCUGACUUGAGUAAUUCAGAUGUUGAAUAUAAUGAAGAAGAUAAACAUGGAUCUCUGAAAACACCUGUUGAUGAGAUGUUCUUCUCAGAAGAAACUGAAAGAAAACCUGAUGAAAUAUCUAACACAUCAUUAUCUGAACAAGCAGAAGCAAUCACAGAUAAAAGCCUCAAUAAUGUUCCUAGGCAUGAAAUUGAUAUGGUUUCAACUUGUGAUUUAUCAAAAAAGAUUGAAAAUUCAUCAGAAAAAUGUGAAUAUAAAAGCAAUCAACACAAGGAGUUACAAAAUAAACUGCUAGAUGAUGAUGCCAUUGAAAAACUGCUGGAUGUGCAAGGUUCAGAUAUUCAAGAAAGUAGCUUUGAGGUUUAUACAACCAUUGAUGAAGAGACCUACUCUUCCUCAGAUAGCUCUGUUCAAAUAUUAAAAAGUGGUCACAUUGAUGAUGAUGAAAAACGAAAUGUUCUAGAAGAUGCCAAUGAUAAUGAAAAUUCUCUGUUCAGAAAUACGGUCAAAUGUGUUAAUUCAUUUGAUGCUCCAAAAUGUUCAACUCCAAUUCAUGGUUUUGUAAACACAAAUUUAGUUCAUGCCUCAAUUAUAAAUACAUCAGACUCAGAUAUUUCCCUAGAUACAAUUGAUGAGAUUGGGUACUCUUCAGCCACAAUAACAGAGCAAUCCAAUUGCAUCAACAGUGCAGAUGAUCUCACCUCAUAUCAAAAAGAAUCUACAUUUGCCGGCACAAAUGAUAGUGAAAAUCUUGUUGCAGAUCAACCAUCUGAAUGUGAAACUGUAGCAGAAAAUUUGGUUGUUAAAGAUUUGGAAAAAGAUGAGCAUAUAGGAGUUGAUGAAAGACAAAACCUGGAUGAAGUCAUGCCAAGUGAAGAAACAGAUACUACCAGCUAUGAUAAUAUCCAUGUAGAAAAUACAAGUACCCUAUUUAAUUCAGAAAAGGGAGCGAAGAUGUACAAAUAUGAAAAUAAAGGGGUGACAUGUGAAAAAAAUAUGAAAAAAGUUCAUAGUGAAGAUGUUGAGAAGAAACUCAGCAGCCAACUUGAGUUAGAGAAAAUAAAAACGGAACACCAAAGCCAUGUUACUGACAAUGAACCACUAGAUUUAUUUAUAGUCAACAAUAGUGACUGUUGUAUCAAACAUAAUGAACGUGAUGGAAAUAAACUGGACAGAGAACAAGGAAGUAGUGUUAUAGAUGAAUUACAAGGUGGAUUUGAAGAAAGUGGUGAUUUCAUUAAUGAUGUCAGAGGAUGUGACAACAAAAAUGAACUGAAAAUCAACCAGAAAGAACAACAGGGUAGCAUUGGUUGUGCUGAUGAGUCUAAGGAUUCUGAAAAUGAGCAAGAAAAUCGUGAUUUUAGUGAAAACUUUGAAAAAUCAAGAAAGGAACUUGAGCUGGAUCAAAGUAAAGUGGAUCUUCAAAGCAUCAUACAUGAUAGUGACAAACUUAUUUCUCAAACAGAUAAUUAUACAAGAACAAACAAUUCAUACAAUACUUCUAAAAAUGAAAAUGUUUCCACCAUUACUGUUGUUAACAAUAAUAUUUAUUCAGAAGACAGAAUUUACAGUACUGAUAAAGGGGAGGACUUUGAUUUCAGCGAGAAUGAAAGCAGUAUGAGUGGAGAAGAUGUUGAAGAAAACUGUGAAGAAGACCGAUUGAGCGAAUGUAAAAGCGUAGAAAGCAAUGCUGAUAGUGAUGUUACUGUGUCAUAUGAUGAUAAUGUCAAAUUUGAGGUAGAAGCUGAGAAGGAUGGAAAACAUGGAAAGCCUGUAUCAAAUGACAUUUAUGAUGGCUUACCUGAGAAGGUUGCGAAAAGUAAAGUCAGCACUAAAUAUCAUCGUAAUGAAAAAAGUUCCUAUAUUAAAGAGUCAGAUAAAGGACAUGAUAACACAUCUUUUGAAGUGCACAGUUGUCUUUACCAGAAAGAUGAAACCAAGGAAACUGAAUUAUAUCAAAUAAAAGAUUUAUCUGCUCAGGUAUCUGUUGAGAACGAUCCCUCACUCCAGUCAAACAUUGAACAGGAACAAUCGAGUGGUCAAGAGGUUGAAAGUUUAUCAUAUCAAGAAUACAAGUUCAACUUCGCUGAUUACCAACAAGAAAUGUUUUGUGAAUCUAUUGCAGAAAAGGUUAAACGUAAACAGAGGGAGAGAGCUCUCCCAGCUUUGUACAACCCCUGGAUGUAUGAUGGUCCUGAAAUUGGCAGCAGAAAAAGGUCGGCAAAACAAGAGUUCAGUGUUUUUAGGAGUACCAUACUGGAGAAGAGAGCUUUGGAAAAUCAGACACAAGAUAGCUUCAUUGGUUCAAAAAAGAGAAGAACAUCCCUUGGCUCUGAACAGGGUGUGGAUUCUGUUUGUAAAAUUGAAGGCAGUUCUACAUUUACUGGCUUUUGCAAUGAUUCUCAACCUAAUGGCUCUAAUGGAACAGUCAAUUUAGAAGAACUAUUAAAGAUAUAUAACAUCAGGUCUUGUGAAGUUAGUUUAUUAAAGUUGAAUCAAGCAACAAUCAACAGGUAUACUAGAAAGAGGAAAAUGAUUGAGAGUGAUGAAUGUCAGUCGAGACCACCAAUCAAAGUGACCAUUAAACUUAAUAAGGUUGUAUAUCCAUCAAUCUCUCCUGCAGCUUCAUCUUCAAUGUCAUCAGAAAGAGGUAUAUCAUCUUAUGAAAGUGAGAUGGAUGAUGAUGAGAAUCCUGAAAACACAACUCAAACCUGUGAGAGUAAGUCUGACAAUGAGGCUGACAAUCCAAAGAACUCUAAAAAACACACCCCAAGAGAACCCAUCAAAAUAAAGAUGAAAACCCUGCUGACUAAAAUGAAUAGUUGUGACAAAGAUGACAGCAGUUGCAGUUACACUGAUGGUAACAAAAUUGUUAGACAGGUGUCAUGGAAUAGUUCAGUAUCAUGGAACAGUUCGGAAACAUCUGCAAGAGAGAAUGGAGUCUUGUUCUACAUAAGUGAGUCCGAUAUGGAAGAAGGUGGAACCAAAAACAGCAUGGACAUUUCUUUAACCAGUGAAUCUGAAACAUGUCGGUCCAGUUCUGAUGAAAGUGAAAUCCAAGAAAAAAUUGAACACAUUCUUGAAGACAAUUCCCCUAAGCAGGAAAAAAGCACUGAUCAAUUGUCUUUAUCCAUGAGUAAUAUUGUAACAGAAAAUGUGGAAAAAGAAAGUGUCGUUCAUGAUGUUAGAUUGUUUAACCAAAAACAUAUUCACCAUCUUUCAGACAAUGAAGAUGAAUCUGUGUUUGAUGAACUAGGUGAUUCAGCAGUGAAUAUGAAGAUAAAAUCUGACAAAAUUCAGAGUAAAGUGAUAGGAUUAAUGAAAUCUGACCUUGAAUUAAGUGAAUCUGAUUCAGAAGAAGAAAGUCGAAAUAAAACGGAAAUCUUCACAAGAACUGAAGAGAUUUUGGGAAAACAAGGAGAAAUGCAAGAUAUACCCACCAGACAGUUAACACUAGGGCAACAAACAUUUUCAAAGUCUAGUGAAGAAUGCUCUGAACAGCCUAAUUUAAAACAAAACAAAACAGAAUCAUGUGAGUCUCUGACAUCUUUUUCAGAUGAAAACUUUCUCAAUCAAGCAAAAAGGAAUCUUCUGUUCGAAGAAAUUUUGGAUGAUAUACAAAAUGAUUCUGAAAAUGUGAAUGAUGACAGUAGAACAAUAAGUUUAGAUAAAAGACAUCAGGCCGACAUUAAUGAGGCUGUUAAUAGUCUAGAUACAGAUAUGUUCAAUAAAAAUGAACAUGAAGAUAUAAGAAAUAAAGCUGACAUGGUGUAUUAUGCAGUUGAAAUGACAGAAAUAGACUCUGAAACUAAGGAAGCGGUUGUUUAUCUAGAAUCUGAAGAAACAAUACAGGAGGCAGUUGUUGUAGAGAACGAAGAGGUCUUAUGUGGGGCUGUUGAAGGUGAGAUCAUUUCGAGUCAUAUAGACAAUACAUCAAUAGCUGGUGAGUUUGUUGGUACAUUGAGUGAGUCUGCAAUGAUGUAUGACAUCAAUAGUAGUGGUAUUGUAGAAUCUACACAAGAGUUUGGAUUUACAAGUGAGCCAGAGAGAAAUAUGAUGAUGUCCAAGUAUAUUUAUGGUAUAAAUGAGGACUCACAGAGCUCUGAUGAUGUUGUUGAGGAGCUUAUUACAGACUCACCUGACGUUUUAACGGAGUCUGGUAUUCAUCAGGAUGUUGAGAUGGACAGUGAUAAUUAGAACGUUGCUAGCAAGAGACUACACCAUGCUUUGAUUUAUAUAAAUUAUAAUGUUUUGAAAUCACUGCUACAAAAGUGGAUUUAUCCUAUUUUCAAUUUUCUUCACAGAAAUUAUGUUAAAAUAUUUUUAUACGAUACAAAAAUUGUAAUGAUUGUUAUUAACUUAAGUUUUCCUUACAUCAGAUAACAAGGAUAUAUUUUGUAAUUUGUCUACUGUUAAGUAUUUCUUUGUAUUUGUUUCAUUGCUCUGGGACUUUUUUCGUGUUGGUGUUUUCCUUAUUUGUGCAAUGUUGGAUUGAUUACUGAAUUUUCAUCUAGUCAUAAGUUAAAAGAUUAAACUUGAAGUACCGGAGUACAUGAUUGUAAUAAAUCAGUCCUAGAAAUUCUGGCUCCAGUUUCUCAAACAAUCUUUAGUCCAUUAUAUCAGGAGCAAGCUUAGCUCACUUUUCAUGUUUUAAUGUAUUUUGGGUGAUAUUUUCAUUUUGAGGAGUUCUGAGACCGAAAUCUUUGUCUAUCGUGAUGAACUUUUUUUUUCAUAAGAAAUCAGCAAUGGGUUUAGAAAGGCGAGCGUUUAUAAAAUGUUAGCAAAUGUUCCGUUUCGUAUCCCUGUUGCAGCACUAACAUACACUGUAAGCGGGGAACCAAACAGCAAGUGUUAGCCGCAAACAUGUUAACUGAACGCAUGGCAGGUUUAAGUUAUUUAAUGCUAAAUGAAAUAAGAUACUUAAGCUUCUUAUGCUCUAUAAGCUUUUUACAAAAUAAGUGGUGCAAUAUUUUCACUAGAAUUCUUACGUAUAGUUCAUCAAAUUAUACAAGCCUGACUUUAUAUUAGUAAUAGAAUUGUUGAAAUUCCUAUAAUCGGAAUUCACUAUUAUUAGAAUUAACUAUGUACAAAAGAACGGAUUUCUAUCACUGAAUACCGUAGUGGUAGUUCACCUUGAAGUACUAUAAAUAUGGUAUAAAAGAGACUUUGCUGACUAAAUGAGCCAUGGAUACAAUUAUGAACCUAAUGUUUUCCUGUAUAUAUUUGUAGAAUCAAUAAAAAAAUGUCUUGAAGAAAAAUUGACACUUGUAAGAAUAUAACACAGGACAUUUUUAAUCAGAGAUUAGUUGUAUAUGAAGUUGUAUGGAAGAAAAUUGACUCAUGCAUGUGUAAUUGAAUAAAUGGAAUUUAAUUUCUAUGCAAUAUGCUUUAAAUUCUGAAACCAUCAUUAGUGUAUUAGUUUUAUAGAAUUCUUUGGGAAUUUGUUUGUCGCGGGUUUGUUUUUAUUUAGUUAUUUUAUGUUUCUUAAGUUUUGGAAUGAGUUAAGUUUAUUUGAAAUUUUUAUGUUGUUUUCAGGAUGAAAACUUUUGUUUUGAAGUUGUAUCUUAGUACAAGAUGCUGUACAUAGUAGUUGUAUGGUUUUAGGAUGUUUGAUUUAUUAAGGUGAAUUUUUCUCAAACUUGAUGAAAUUUAAUCACUUGGCAUAAGACUGGAUUGAAAGGUCAUGAAUUAUUUAAACUGAUUCAUGUUAAGUUUUCAGAAUCAUGUUUCAUUGUAGAAAUUAAACGUUGUAAUUUAUAUUUAUUAUGUUAAACUUUGUAAGUUAUUUGUAAAUACCUCCAGAUUUUAUAUCAUGUGCUGUUCCAUGUUGUAGCUUCUUCAGAUAAUAUUUUUAUGUAAAUUGUUUAAUGCAUAACAUUACCAGUUGUAACAAUUUUUUAUUGUCUGAGAUAAGAGGCACCUUUGAUAUAAAAAUGAUAAAUUGUA